CGCCCGCGGCCUGGAGCGCCUCCCUCGCGCCCCGGGUCUGGCGAGCCGGCGCCGGCCGAGCUGCGGGAGUCGCCGAGAGCACCAGCUGCCGCCGCCCCGGAGCUGCUCCGGCCGCACCAUGCGGGAACUGGCCAUCGAGAUCGGCGUUCGAGCCCUGCUCUUCGGGGUCUUCGUUUUUACAGAGUUUUUGGACCCAUUCCAGAGAGUCAUCCAGCCAGAGGAGAUCUGGCUCUAUAAAAACCCUUUGGUGCAGUCAGACAACGUACCUACCCGCCUCAUGUUUGCAAUUUCUUUCCUCACACCCCUGGCUGUUAUUUGUGUGGUGAAAAUAAUCCGGCGAACAGACAAGACUGAAAUUAAGGAAGCCUUCUUAGACAAAUUAAGCUCGGGAGAAACAAAACAAGAUAAACUUUUCAACCCUAAAAGGCCAUGCACAGAGAGGUCUUGUAUCUUCCGUGGCAGCCCAUUGCCACUGUCCUUGGUGCUGAAUGUGAAGUCAGUAUCCGCAUGGAGAUCUGUGCUGCUCCGACGCGUGCUGGCCAGUUCUUGGCUGUAAGGCAAAGUGCAUCGGGUGUCACCACUGACUGUCCAACUCUACAUUUGUGGCUAAUGGGCCCACAUCAUGGAAGAUUCAGGAAUCAACCACAGGCUCCUUGAUGACCAGUCCUCGUGGGCUAGAGACAAAAAUGGACACAACAGAUGUACAAUGUAAUAGAAAUUGGAGAGAAAAUUCAUAACUCAUCUUUAGUUUGGGGACAUCUUGGCAGUUAAGCAAUUGUUAUUGUAUAUAGAGUGCUACAGUCUUUACCACUGAAUAGAUAAUAUGGUUAUAAAUUCUCUCCAAGCUAAGUUACAUGUGCAUGUGACAUGAGUAUGGUGUUUUUAGGAUUAAAUCUAUUUUCUUAUGUGCUUGUUAAUCCUGUGGCUGAGUAAA